AUGCGUGUGGCCAUCGAGAGUGGCUUGUUUGCAUCGGCGCUCGGCGCGAACCUCGGUGCGGCAACGAUGCAAAUCGAUGCGCACGAGCAACCUGAACGGAAGCCGCCGGCCAGAGCGCCGCUCGUGCGCGCUUCGACGCCAAGUCAGGAGUACUCGCCAUUUCACUCGUUUGGCCCUCGCUUCCCGGCAUUGCCGCCGCAGCCGCAGCAAGUGCAUACACGUGCACCAGCCGAUGCGCCAGCGCAGGUGGCAGCGACGGUCAAGGAAUACAUCGCUGGUGCGUAUGGCGCGGCUCACGCCGCAACGCAGCCAUCGAGAUACGAGCAUCAGCAUAUGCUCGUCGGGACGCCGAACGCGCGGCAGCGGAAGCUAACAGUGCGCAAUUUCUAUGGAAUUGAGCUUUACCGCGGCCUCGGCUCGGGUUUCUACGACUGGGGACGCACGUUCCUCCACAGGUCAACAUGGCGCAAGCGGCGUAUGGAUUGCUGUGGACGUAGGACAACGUCCAUCACUGCUGCGCAAGCCAUGAAGUUGUUCGCACAGCGGAAGGAUCCUAUGCGCACGUGGCCCGAGCACUUCGUGUACCUAAUGGCGGUCGGCGACACAAGAGGCGGCGCGGACUCGCUCGUGUUUGACAACAUAGCGGACAUCGACCCCACGGGUCGGCAGAGCUCGCGCUAG